AUGCGUCACGAUACCAGAAGCACAGUCGACCGCCUCGACCGCCCCAGCGCAUACUACAACAGCAGAAACAAGCGCAGACGCGACCGGGAUGACGACACCGCUAACGGAGAUGCCCCCGCCGAACCGCCUGUCGACCCUCUGGCCAACGCAACUACUCUCUACGUCGGCAACCUCUCAUUUUACACGACUGAAGAGCAGGUCUACGAGCUCUUUUCCAAAUGCGGCGAGAUCAAACGUCUCGUCAUGGGGCUAGACCGCUUUCAAAAGACACCCUGCGGAUUCUGCUUUGUCGAAUACUACACACACCAGGAUGCCCUGGACUGCAUGAAGUACAUUGGCGGUACGAAACUCGACGAACGCAUCAUCCGAACAGAUUUGGAUCCUGGGUUUGAAGAGGGCAGGCAGUAUGGAAGGGGCAAGAGUGGUGGACAGGUGAGAGAUGAGUAUCGAGAGGACUUUGACGAGGGGCGAGGUGGUAUUGGCCGAGCUUUGCAGAGGGACUAUGAGGAAGAGGAUCGGUAUAGGUAA